AUGUUUUCGCAGGAUAUCAUUCAGUCCAUGCCUCAUGAUGCACAUCCAGCGAGUGUUAUUGUCAGCGCGAUGAGUACACUUUCCAUCUUUCAUCAUGAAGCAAAUCCUUCUCUCAAGGGCCACAAUAUGUACAAGUCAAAACAAGUUUGUGAUAAACAGAUUUUUCGUAUUCUUGGACAGUUUGCAUUCGACAUUUACAACUAUGGUGUACAUUAUGACAUGACUCCCGAAUUCUGUGUGCAACUUGUCUUCAUCAUAGUUACGUUUUUGCCAUGUGGAGAAAGUUUUCUCUCGUCAAGUCUUUAA